CAUCAUGAUGUUCGAGGGGUUUCUGUUUGUUAUCCACCUAUUUUUACACACUUACUGUCAACUGCAAGUGGUUGCUCAGUGUUUCAUCAACUUGUUAAGGUGGUGGAGGGUGAAUAAGUGGAAUGCGGAUAUCUUCCUCAACCAGACGAAAAACCUGGGGAAAAUACCCGGCCACGUCUCUCUCAUGUUCUUAGAGGAGGACACCCCAGUGGAGGAUAUCGUUAAACCGAUAGUUUGGUGCAUUUGCUUGGGCGUUACUACGAUCUCUCUGUACGACUACUACGGCAGACUACGUUCCAAGAAGUUAGAUAUUGACAAGGAGCUCCGGGAGUACUACUCUGAUUUUACUAAAAACUGUAGAAACUCGCCCAAGAACCAGCCUUCACCGAGGAUACAGUUUGUCAGUGUUGAAAACGGUAGAACUGACCUUGUUUAUGCAGCUCGAGAUAUAGCCCAAGAUCUGCUGAAUGGAGUGGUAAAAGAGGUCACCAAAGUAAACUACCAAAAUUAUCACAAGGUGUUUCGUAACGACCACCCCGAUCUAAUGAUGAAGUUUGGAAUCCACACCACGCUGGCCGGGUACCCACCAUGGCCCGUCCAUCUCACUGAGAUCAUAUCUCUUCCCACCUGUCAUAUGAUAUCCCCCUACAACUUCUUAGACUGCCUCAACAGAUAUUUUAAGAUUGAGAAACGUGUCGGAAAAUAGCAGUUUAUUUAAAUAGUUAAAUUGAUGUCGCUUUGUGAUGUUUUUCAAGCGAUAUAUGUGUAUUUUAGAAUUAGUUUCAGUUAGAUAUCGUUAUAAUGAUAUUUAUGCCAAGCCGUUCACAUAUCACGUCAUCAAUUAGGAUCAUUACCCCAAACUUUCCCUAAACUGUCAGAUGUUCAGCAUUUGACUUAAAGUCGUGAUAAUUUGCGUGACGUAUACUGUAUAAGCAUUGAAUUUUCUCCCAUCUAUUAUGAUGCUUACACAAUAUAACAGUCCCUUCUGGUUAUAAUUUCUUUUUACGAGUGAUUUCUCUUGACCCGUACCUUGCUUUUUUGCGACGAAGAAAGUGAGGUAUGUUCAAUGAGUAUUGUUAGUUGAAAAAAAGUUAUAAUAAUGAAAAAACAGUAUCGGUUCUAUUUCGAAGUAUGUGUUUUAAAAUCAAUGCUGUUAGUGUAAUGAUUUAUUUUUUGGAAUUAGUAUACAUUUAUU